UCCCCCUACCUUACGAACAAUUCUCAAGUUUUUUCUUAAUUCAGUAUAUACUUUCAGCUUCUACCCAAACAAGAAAAGCCAAAAAGAAAAAGAAGGAAUCAGAACAGUGAAAACUUACCAAGAUGGCCAAUAAGCAAAAUAACGGCGUUGCUAACAGAGCAUGGAGGCUGCUGAGACUGGCAUUGCUGUGGACAAGAAAAGGUGGCGUCUUCAAACGCCGUUUAUUAAUGGAGCUGCGGGUGGUGAAUAAGUAUUUGAGAAGCCUUGCAAACCAGAGCUCCAACCACGAACUCAUCCGGUACGGCGAACGUGAGCUCUCGUUUGACAAGACGCCCAUUUUCCACGUCAAGAUGCACCGACCGGCGGCCUCCAUGCGCCACCUCCUCCUCCCCUGCAUCACUCCUCACGCGGUUGACUUUGAUUGUGAUUUCGAUUUAGACGGCGAUCACGAACAUGAUCAUCAUUGUGAAGAAUAUGGGUAUGGUUAUGAUUGUAGGAGGAGGAGUUUCUUAGGAGGUCGAGCAGAGGAGGAAGAUGGAGAUUGUCAAGGAUCAAUGGCGGAGGAUGAUGGGAUUGACUUGAGAGCGGAGAAGUUCAUAGCUAACUUCUAUGAACAAAUCAAGUUGCAGAGACAGAUCUCGUAUUUACAGUACAAUGAGAUGUUGAACAGGGGAACAAGUUAAUUGAAACUGGAGAAAGUUUGGAUUGGACAUGUUUACUUCUCCUUAAUUUUGGGUUUUUUUUUUUAGUAAUUUCAGAUAUAUAUAUAUAUAUAUAUAUAUGUAUUUGCAAGACAGAAGGGUUUUUUGUUUGUAAAUACCGAGACUUGGAUCCAGUAUUUGCAAUUUUAAUCAUGAAUAAUAACUAAUAGGAUAUCCAUUUUUCCAUUAUGAA